ACUCUCGUAGUAGUAGGAGCAGACAUCAUCACGACACACACGCGUCUUUAAUUUCUCCAAAAAUGUACUACAUCUUACUUUUCGUUACCUCUGUAUAUGGAGCGAGUUUUUACAGUGAAAGUACACGGUAUCCAAGCACAUCUAGUUAUUACAAUCAGGAUCAGUUUCCGUAUAAGACUAAUUAUGGUAGCGACAUAGCUCCCUUCUCUGCUGUAACGAAAUAUCCCUUUAAUACCGGAUAUUCGACGAGUUAUAACUCUCCUGGAACCGGAAAUGUUUUUUUACCGAGCUAUACGACACCUAGAUAUGGAAGCGACUAUGGUAAAAGCUACGGCCAGUAUGGUUAUAUGGAAAAGAAUUAUGGACCUAUAACGUCUUUUGAAAGGCCAUUUUUAGGCCAGUAUAAUAAUGAUUACUGUCAAAAUAGAUCGCCACAGAAUGGUAUAUGGAUUGAUAGUCUGACGGGAAUGUGGUACGGUGUGGAAUUCAUACAUCAUUUAGCCGGAGAUGCCAGGGUUGACUACGGAAGGACCUGCAUUGUUAUUCACAUUUCUGAACCAAAUGAUAUGCCGUCUACUGAAAGACAGGAGUUACACCACGUGCAGGCCAUCAGAGCACAGUUUAGACAUGAGUACCGGCAUCUUCGGCUUUUGUGGGAUGAGGCUGGACAGACCCUUGAAUAUGCCCUUUACUUCCGAAAUGACUCAGCCGGCUAUUGGCAGACGUUUGAUGUACAGAACGGUACCCUCGCUGCUCGACCAUCAUACCAUCAGUUCACUGGCACAGUGCAGGUGUUAAAAGCUGUCAACGACCACCUGGUCUUAAACUUCUGUCAGGAAGCCAACGCUAAUUCACCUGCGCAGCUGUAUUCCGUUCUUUUCUCGAGAGAGCCAGGUCAAAUGGCACGGUGGGAAGUAGAUGCCGUGCACUCCAUGCUCCAGACUAAGAAGCUAUCGGUUUCGUCCAGAAGAAUGGUCUGUGGUAAUGGUACAGCUAGACAAAUGUAUAGCUUCAUGUUAUCGAUAUUGUCGUGUUUAUUUGCUUUUGUAACUAUGUGAUUGAGACUGAAAUAAGUCAAUUUUUAUAGAAGAUUAAAACUAUACUAAUUAUCUUUUAUUUAAUAAUUAUAUAUUUUAUGCAAAUUCAUGUCUUUAUACAGGUGUUUUUUAACUUUAAUCUCAUCUUAUUUAUAGGAAAUAGUUAAAAAAGUAAAAUUAAGCUAAAGGCAACCUUUUUUUUAUGCUGACAGCACUGCUACGUAAUAGUCCGAUAGUAUUAUUGAUGCUCAUAUGAAAUGUAAAAGUAUAUAAUCUUUGUGAACAAAUGAGGCGUAGCAUAUAAUUAUAUUAGUUCCAAUAAUCACACCAUUUUCCGCACAAAAUUUGAUGCCAAAUUGCAUGUAUUUCUAUAUUUACUUUUUAUUGAUUGCCUUAAUAUUUUCCGUCCGACAUUUUUUAUAGUUUUAUGUUACCAAAGAUAUGUAGCGACUAAUAUAAUACUGCAAUAAAUGUUAUAAUUUAAUGUC